UGAGAAUUCUUCAACGAGACGAGGUUUUGACGCACCGGAGAUAAAUGAAUAAGCCCAUGGAGCGUGGGAAUAUAGAAAAUAUCAACUUUUUUCUGCAUCUGAUCGCUCUAAGUGGAGGACAUUUGUAGACAUUUGUGGUUAUUCUUUACCCAUGGAUUUGUCAGAAGCGAUCCGUGGGUAAACCUUCGUGGGAUAUUUUGGCUGCAUGAAGAGGCUGGCUUGUUGAGGCGCCCCUCCAUCGCGUAUUCCACCGGGAGGAGAACUGGGCGCAUGGUAAAGUGAAGCAUAUACAUUUUAGUAUUUUAGCCUGCAGGAGAUUAACUGUUGCAAUUGAGCUUGAAAACAGGCACGCCUUUUGGAUACAGCGUCUGGGAAUAUCAAGUUAAUGAGCUCUGAAAUUGGUGUCGGAAUGGUCUGAAAAGAUGUGAAGUGUUCCUUGUGCCAAUUUGUAAAUGGAAAAAAGAAGAUGCGUUGUAAAAACAUGCUAGAUUGGACAAAUAUUUGUCUCCUGCUUCGUGGGAUUUUUGUUUUUGCAGUGUGCUCAGUCAACGUGACCAUGGUCAACAAAAGUGUUUCCAAAUUCUUUAGCGCAUACAGCUUAAAGUAGAACUCAAAAUUAUACAUUUUCUUUGACAUUUACUGGCCCGAAAUGGUUGUUUAUGAGCCCCAAAAUUAAACUUGGCGGGUAAAAAAAACAACUGAGAAUUGCCGUUUGAUUAAUUUUUUUUUUGCUUUCUGGAAAUGUGAGUCCAGUGGAGACCAGUGCGCACCACACAGUCGCCAAGGCUGCAACGCACAACCCAAUUUUCCAUCGGGGAACCGGGCUUAUGCAUCGCAGCAUCGUAACGACGUCCUCGCCUUUUCUCGCCGAAAUGCCUCCGUGUGCACCGAUUCCAUAACUGGCCAGUGGAUAGUAAUUCUCCAUGGUGUUCACCGGCCAGGUGUCUCGGAUAAGGCGAAACCUUGGCUGUUUUGUUCAGUAAAUCCUGGACACACCUUUUUUAAUGUCAGUCAAGAUCUCGGCUUGGUUGCCAUGACGAGCGAGGAGUGUCCUGUGCCGCUGGGGAGCAUUUCCUCAGCAGGGCCAGGGCAGAGUGAGGAAUACGGCUUGGCGCAGGCUGAUGACAUCAUUGAGGAAGUGGGUUCAGGUGAUGACGUCAGUAUCGGCAGUGACCUAAGCACUCUUGUGUUGCCCUACCCAGAGCUGGCACCUGUGGUCUUCUUCUGCCUAAAGCAAACCACCUGUCCUCGCAACUGGUGCAUCCGUAUGGUCUCCAGUCCGUGGUUCGAGAGGAUUAGCAUCAUGGUGAUCCUGCUCAACUGUGUGACACUGGGCAUGUACCAGCCCUGUGAGAACAUCGACUGCACCUCGGACCGCUGCCAGAUACUGCAGGCCUUUGAUGCAUUCAUCUACAUCUUCUUUGCGUUGGAGAUGGUGGUAAAGAUGGUGGCUCUUGGGAUCUUUGGCCGCCGCUGUUACCUGGGAGACACCUGGAACAGGCUGGACUUCUUUAUCGUCAUGGCUGGGAUGGUAGAGUACUCACUGGACCUGCAGAACAUCAACCUGUCGGCCAUUCGGACAGUGCGGGUCCUUCGGCCACUCAAAGCCAUCAACAGAGUGCCAAGUAUGCGUAUCCUGGUGAACCUGCUGCUAGACACUCUACCCAUGCUAGGCAAUGUGCUGCUGCUCUGCUUCUUCGUCUUCUUCAUCUUUGGCAUCAUCGGCGUGCAGCUGUGGGCGGGGCUACUGAGGAAUCGCUGCUACCUGGAGGAGAACUUCACCCUCUCUUCAGGUAUGACCCCGCCUGCUCCGUACUACCAGCCUGAGGAGAAUGAUGAACGCCCCUUCAUCUGCUCCCUGGCGUCCGAUAAUGGCAUCAUGUCAUGUGCCGAUGUGCCGGCCAGGCGUGAAGGAGGACGCACAUGCUGCCUGGACAGGGAGGACGCGCUCCACAGACAGUCUCUGGGCUUGAGUCCUGAGCCACUGGCUAACGGUAGUGGUGCCGGUGAAGCAGUGGGUCUUUGCAUCAACUGGAACCAGUAUUACACUCGAUGCCACACAGGAAGUGGUAACCCCCACAAAGGUGCCAUCAACUUUGACAACAUUGUCUACGCCUGGAUCGUAAUCUUUCAGGUGAUCACUCUGGAGGGCUGGGUGGAGAUCAUGUAUUAUGUAAUGGAUGCCCAUUCCUUCUACAACUUCAUCUACUUCAUUUUACUCAUCAUUAUUGGUUCAUUCUUCAUGAUCAACCUGUGCCUGGUGGUUAUUGCCACCCAGUUCUCGGAGACCAAACAGCGGGAACACCAGCUGAUGCAGGAGCAAAGGGCGCAGUGCCUGUCCUCCUCCACCCUGGCCAGCAUGGCUGAGCCGGGAGAUUGCUACGAGGAGAUAUUCCAGCUGGUUUGCCAUGUCCUUCGCAAGGCCAAGAGGAGAUCGGCAGCUCUCUACUACACUCUGAGGGGCAAACCCCCACCGCCUGGUGGAGGCAGGGGUUACAGGCGUGGUGGAGGGAAUGUGAACGGAGAGCGGCAUCAUUCCAGGCACCCAAAAACAUCUCACUGUCCGCACCAGAGCAAGCAAGACCACAGCUCUCAGCCACUAGCCAACUCCAUCAGUCUGCCUGUCCCUCAGAACCCUGAGGACUGCCCUAUAUGUGCAUUAUCACUGAAAGAGGGGGCGAGGGCUGUGGGAGACUCCGCCAACAGGGAGGAAGAUAAUGAGGAUGCAGUGAAAGAGACGGGCAAGGAGGAGAACCAUCUAGAAGAGAGGGGAGAUGGAGAGAGGAAGAGGAAGAGGACAUGCUUUGGAUAUUGUAAAGACAUUUGGAAUGAUAUGAGGAGGAAACUUUGGGGCAUUGUAGAGAGCAAGUACUUCAGCAGGGGCAUUAUGAUCGCUAUUCUCAUCAACACCAUCAGUAUGGGCAUCGAGCAUCAUAACCAGCCCGAAGAGCUGACCAAUGUCCUGGAGAUCUGCAACAUUGUCUUCACCAGCAUGUUCACCUUGGAGAUGGUCCUCAAGCUGACUGCUUUUGGCUUCUUUGAGUACCUGAGGAACCCCUAUAACAUCUUUGAUGGCAUUAUUGUCAUCAUCAGUGUGUGUGAGAUCAUCGGCCAGGCAGACGGCGGCCUGUCAGUGCUGAGGACCUUCAGGCUGCUGAGGGUCAUUAAGCUGGUGAGGUUCAUGCCUGCGCUGAGGCGGCAGCUGGUGGUGCUGAUGAAGACUAUGGACAACGUGGCCACUUUCUGUAUGCUGCUUAUGCUCUUCAUCUUUAUCUUCAGUAUCCUGGGGAUGCACAUCUUUGGUUGUAAGUUCAGUCUGAAGACAGAGGCUGGAGACACAGUGCCUGACAGGAAGAACUUUGACUCCCUGCUCUGGGCCAUUGUCACAGUCUUUCAGAUUCUGACUCAGGAGGACUGGAACAUGGUGCUGUACAAUGGGAUGGCAUCCACCUCGCCCUUUGCUGCUCUCUACUUCGUAGCUCUUAUGACAUUUGGAAACUAUGUGCUCUUCAAUUUACUGGUGGCCAUCUUGGUUGAGGGUUUCCAGGCUGAGGGUGAUGCAAACCGCUCUUACUCGGACGAUGACAGGUCUUCCUGUAAUUUUGAGGAGAAUGAUAAGCAGAAAGACUCUCUGCAUCUCUCAGACCCAAAGAUCUGUACAUUAACCCCUAAUGGGCACCUGGACUUGUCCCCACUGGCCCAUGGACUGUUUCCAGGAGAAAGGUUGACCUUUGCUCUUGGUUCCAGGAGGAACAGUGUUAUUUCUCUGGGCAGGGCCAACUUGGAGCAGAGGGCUAUGUAUCCAGGUCGAAGUUACCACAACUGGGGCCGCCCUCUGCCUACCCAGCCUCAGGCCUUGUGGGCCCGUCGUUCCAGCUGGAACAGCCUGGGGGGAUGCCGCCCCUGCUCCUCCUCUUCUCCCUCCGCUAGUCCAGCCUUCACCCCCACCUCUGCAAGGCCCUUCUAUGGCUAUGGCCUGGGGGGUCUUGGUGGAGUAGUCGGAGGAAGCCUUCGUAUCCGGGGUCCCCGUGCCUCUUCAUCCCCGCACCGCCACCUCCAUCAUGUCCACCCGGAUGAGGAGGAGUCUCUCCUCUCUCCUCCCGCUGUUGCUCCACGCUCUCUUCACCUUCCCCACCCUAUGCUCCCGGGCCACUUUGUACCCAGGAGGGACCGCAGAGCUCUAUCGCUCGAGCUGCCCCACCUACUGCAGGUCCCAGGACCCCCGCACCCUCCACUGCCACCACACCACCCGCUGCCCUCUAUUAAGCUCCAUGCUCAUCACAGGAAGAAGAGCUUCUCUGGGGGGAUGGUAAUCAGUGGAGGCGGUGGUGGCAGUGGGCUAGACGGUCUGGGUGGCUUAGGAGGGGUACACCAAGACUGUAAUGGGAAAACUCCUCAGCAUCUCCAGCCCCCUCCUAGACACUCUGGAGGGGCGAACCCCCAAAGCCAACUGAUGGCCGACGUCUUCCCCCAGGUUAACACACGCAGCAAGGACCGGGAGGACCUAGACGAUGACAUUGAAUAUAGCUUGUGCUUCCGCAUCCAGAAGAUGUUAGAAGCGUACAAACCAGACUGGUGUGAGAGCAGAGAAGACUGGUCCGUAUUCCUAUUCUCCCCACGGAACAAGUUCAGACAGAUAUGCCAGUCCAUCAUAGCCCAUAAGCUGUUUGACUAUGUGGUGUUGGCCUUCAUCUUCUCCAACUGCAUUACAGUAGCUCUGGAGAGGCCCAAGAUACUACAGGGCAGCUUGGAAAGAGUAUUUCUCACCAUCUCCAACUACAUCUUUACUGCCAUCUUUGUGAGCGAGAUGACACUCAAGGUGGUUUCCAUGGGUUUGUAUGUGGGUGAGCAGGCUUAUCUGCGGAGCAGCUGGAACAUUCUGGAUGGCUUCUUGGUUUUUGUGUCUUUGAUUGACAUUGUCGUGUCCAUGGCGGGUGGGGCCAAGAUCCUUGGUGUGCUUCGAGUCCUCAGGCUGCUCAGAACAUUGCGUCCCCUCAGGGUGAUUAGCAGAGCUCCAGGUCUAAAGCUGGUAGUGGAGACACUCAUCACCUCCCUCAAACCCAUUGGCAACAUUGUUCUCAUCUGUUGUGCAUUCUUUAUCAUCUUUGGCAUUCUUGGGGUACAGCUGUUUAAAGGCAAGUUCUUCUACUGCUUCGGCCCUGACGUGAAAAACAUCACCAACAAGUCUGAUUGCCUGCAAGCCAGCUACAAGUGGGUCCACCAUAAGUACAACUUUGACAACCUGGGACAGGCUCUGAUGUCUCUGUUUGUGCUCGCCUCUAAGGACGGCUGGGUCAACAUUAUGUAUCAUGGCCUGGAUGCUGUGGCUGUGGACCAACAGCCGGUGACCAACAACAACCCGUGGAUGCUGCUGUAUUUCAUCUCCUUCCUCCUCAUCGUCAGCUUCUUCGUCCUCAAUAUGUUUGUAGGCGUUGUGGUGGAGAACUUCCACAAGUGCCGCCAGCAUCAGGAAGUGGAGGAGGCCAAAAGGCGUGAGGAGAAGCGUCAGCGGCGCAUGGAAAAGAAGAGGAGAAAAGCCCAGAAGCUGCCCUACUUUGCCAGCUAUGGCAACAUACGCCUGAUGAUCCACACACUGUGCACAAACCACUACCUGGACCUCAUCAUCACCUUCAUCAUCUGCAUCAAUGUCAUCACCAUGUCCUUAGAGCACUUCAAUCAACCUCAUUCUCUGGAUCUCGCCCUGAAGUACUGCAACUAUUUCUUCACCUCCAUGUUUGUGCUGGAGUCAGUGCUCAAACUCAUCGCCUUCGGCUUCCGCCGCUUCUUCAAAGAGAGGUGGAACCAGUUGGACCUCGCCAUUGUGCUUCUGUCAGUGAUGGGGAUCACCCUCGAGGAGAUCGAGAUAAGUGCUGCCUUGCCCAUCAACCCCACAAUCAUCAGGAUCAUGAGAGUACUGAGGAUAGCACGAGUGCUGAAGCUGCUGAAGAUGGCGACAGGAAUGAGAGCCCUGUUGGAUACAGUGGUCCAAGCCCUGCCUCAGGUGGGUAACCUGGGCCUGCUCUUCAUGCUGCUGUUUUUCAUCUACGCCGCCUUAGGAGUAGAGCUAUUUGGAGAACUUGUUUGCAAUGAAGACUACCCUUGUGAGGGAAUGAGUCGUCACGCUACCUUUGAGAACUUUGGCAUGGCCUUCCUUACCUUGUUUCAAGUCUCCACGGGCGACAACUGGAAUGGCAUCAUGAAGGACACAUUGCGGGAGUGCCCACCAGACCAUGGCACUGAUGUGGACUAUGCCUGCAAUCCUAGCCUUCAGUUUAUCUCGCCCAUGUACUUUGUCUCCUUCGUGCUCACCGCCCAGUUCGUGCUCAUCAAUGUGGUGGUGGCCGUGCUGAUGAAGCACCUGGACGACUCCAACAAGGAGGCCCAAGAGGAGGCGGAGAUGGAUGCAGAAAUUGAGCUGGAGCUGGCCCAGGGCACCCUCUGUUGCAUGGGCGCCCCCAGUUGCGGGGGUGGGAAGGUGGAGAAAGGACUAGUCGCUGCUGGACCUGGAGGCACAGCGGGGGGGAGGGAUAGAGGAGGUCCGAUUGGAGAGAAGGGAGAAGGAGUGAGGAAGAUGCGACAUUCAGCAGGCAGUGUGCACCCAGGAGCGUACAGCUCCCAUGACUCCAGCCGGACCCUAUACUCACCAGCACAAGAGAGCCAAUGGCUGGACAGCGUAUCUCUCCUGAUCAAGGAUACAUUGGAGGGGGAGAUGCUGAUGAUCGACAACCUCUCCGGUUCUGUCUUCCACCACUAUUCCUCUCCUCCACCCAUCUGUAAAGAUUGCAGGGGCCACCCACAAGAGCAGAUAAAAAUGGCAGAGAUUGAGCAGGCAUCACUGAAGUCAGAGCAACUGUCAGACAAGUCCUCAUCCCCCACCCUGCCAGAUGACCUCAGCCUGGACGAACAUACUGCCUACCAGCUGCUGGUGAGAGAGGGCAAGGGAAGGUGCAGCAGUGACUCUCGCAGCUCUGAGGAGGCUGGAGGUGGAGGGAGUCAUGCAGGAGGCCACCAGACUCAAACCGUGGUGCAGAGCCAGGUGCAGGGGUUGGGCCAGCCCUGCCGGGCCCUGAGCACUGGUAUUGAGGUGGAGACUGCACUACAGGAGAUGGAGAUGCAAACACAGCAACCACAUAUGCGUUCACCUCACUGUAGCCACAGUGGUGUUUCCAGCAGCAGCAACAAGGAAAGAAACAAAGGAGGAGGAGGAGGAGGAGGAGCAGCAGCCAGUGGCAUUUCUCCUCUCUUCCAUCUGCCUGCAGAGUUCUUCCACCCUGCAGGAGCAGCCAUCCCAGCACCUCCCCGCAGUAGGAGCUUACGGUUGUCGAGGGGCCUUAGACUGACCUCCCCAGACUCAUGGGCUUCGCUCCGCUCCCCAGGAGCCCAUAGCAAGAUGCUCUGUACACAGUGCCCAUCCCAUAGUGACUCGUCCCUUGCUACAGGCAGCUCUGAGGGCAGCCUCCAGACCACCCUGGAAGAGGGACUGAGCUUCAGCAUCUCUCCACCACAGAACUUGGAGUUGCCUUUGCUGACAGCUCCCUUACCACUUGUGUGCCCGCUCCCUGAAGACGGCACUGCCAUUUCCUCCCCAGUUCAGACCCUGAGACCAAGGCCGAGCCCCUCAUCAGCCCUCACCCUCCAGGCCACCAGGGGCCACCAGCGGAGCCAGAGCAGUGGCCGAGGAAGCACCAGCCCGGGCUACACCCGUGACGACUCAAUUGACCCUUCGGACGAGGACCUGGGAAUAGGUAUUGGAUCGUCAAUUGGUGGCUGUGGCUCCAGCCAAGCGGGCAACAGUGAACACUUGUCAGAGACACUAAGCAGCUUGUCGCUGACAUCACUGCUGUCGCCCAGCUCCCUGGUGUACCCGGGAGGAGCAGUGAAGAAGUGCAACAGCACAGGAAGCCUGGACCAAGGGGGGAUGCUACUGUCAUCCCGGGGUAGGGAGGGCCGCAGGGAGAUUCUGGGCUUGGAGCUUAUGGACCCCCAAGGCUUCUUGGCUAACCCCUGGACAGGGGUAUUAGUUGAUACAAGAAGAGGAGAAGGAAGAGUGGAAAUAGGAGAUGGCGAGCAAGGGUUUAAAGGGAAGAGCUCAAGCCAAACAACAGUAGGGCCUUGUCGGAAAAACAGAUGAAACCUACCUACUCUUUCUUUGUCUCUCCAUUCCUUGGAUCUUAACCCAUAGCUGUCCCCUCUCACUCUCUCUGCUUCCAUCAGUGAGAGAGAGGCUUCGAUGACACAUGAUGUCCCGUAUUCCAAAUCCAAACCCUCAUCUUGCCCCCUCAACCCUUUUCGAUACAUUUGUGACAAGCCCAUGUCCUGUUUUGUGCUAGCUAGGGGAGUGGUCUUGGGUAUAGACUGCUGGUGAGGAAGUGGCCUGCAGAGUUAAGGGCUGAAGAUAAAUCCUUAAACACUCUUAGGGGCUGUACCUGUAGAGGAGGACAUGGAAGGUUCUGCUCACAUUGGAAGACCAGGACGCCCAUUCAUAUCAGGGAGUCAACAGGAGCAGAGACAAAAGAGCUAAAACUUAAAGACACAAGAAAAGAGGCUUGUUGUUGCUCUACCGUUUCCUUUUCCCCGUGUCGGCUUGGGUUCACUGAGGUUGGAAAUGCCAAAAAUAGAAGUACCCGAACUGAAAUAGCUAUACAUGCCAACAGAGACUGUUUUGAAUCGUUUUUGUCUCAGAGGCAGUGCAGCGAGUAAGUGGGAGGAGGCACGGAAAUGGCGGAAUAUAUUAAGGCGGAAGGAAGGCUGGGAAAGGAGAAGGCAAGUCAUUUGUUUGGCUCGGAAAGCAGAAAGCGGAUCUAAUGUCCAUCUGUUCUGGCAGACGGAAACAACACAGGUCCUACUCACUCUGGCACAGGACCUUCUGCUGAGUUCAGAGUAAAAUGCAAGGUGGAGGAGAGUUCAAGAGUUUUUGAUCAUAGUGUGUGUGUGAGAGCACUGCCUCAGGUCCAUCCAAGGCCUAAAUUAAAUAAUUGUUAUCACUUCACCACACCUCUGUGUUUUUGAAACAGGAGCUAGGUAUUAUCCGAUCAAAGCUCCGUGCCUCUGUCAACUGAGUCUUGAGUGGCAGCAGAAAAUGCUAAGAAAUUGACAGAUUGCGGAGGUAUAAAGUGCAUGGAGUGAUUUGUGAAAUUGGUUCUUUUUUUAUUUCUAUCUCCAGUAUCUUUCACUGAUUCAGACAUGAAGAAAUGAGUAUGAAAGAGAGCUAGCUACUUAUAAAUAAAGUGAGACUUCAAGCACACUCCUUUUGACACCACUUCCUCCACCAUGCUUAAGGAUCUGCGAUGAAUGGACAAACCCACAAGAGUUGCGAGGGACCUAGACUGCAUGAUGGAAUUGCAUUUAACCAAGUUUUUUUUUUUUUUAUCUGUAUACAGAAGUGUAUCAAGAUGUCAAUGUUGGGUGAUAACCAUGUGAUUUCUAUCCCACUAUUUUUGUAGAAAAAGAGAUAGGCACAUGCAAGUGUUGCCGUUACUUUGUCCCUAUUUCAUUCAACCCAUACGAUCUCUUUGACUUGUUGUCUAGGACUUUUUGUCUGCCAGUGGCUUCCAGUUUUAUAAAAUUUUUAAGGUGUGGACGGUGUAUAAAACAACAAAGCAAAAAAUUUCAAAUAAACUUUUGUGCGCUGAAGUGAUUGUUCCCUCCAGCAAAUUUCUCUUUGGGAACACUGUUUCCUCAUGAUUUAUUUUUAUUUUUUUUCCAAAUGUUGGAGUCCCAUGGGACAACCAGAGAUGAGAAGAGCCAUAUUCACUCAGCACAUGAGGAUCGUUCCAGCUCAUAGACAUUCCUGCUGGCUGCACACAGGGAACUUUGUUUGCUUUUAGCCUCCUAUGCUAAAAACCAUGAAUAGCGUAAACCAUCUCUAUGAAAACUUUAAUUUGAGAACUACACCACAACAUAUCGAUUAUGGACACAUUAGUGUUCCUUAAGCAUGGUUCUGGGAUUGCAAUACAGUAUGCUUUUUCUUGAAAUGACACCCUGAUGCACUCAUCUUCUCUUCCCCAUCUCUUCGCACAUACAGUAUGUUGUAGCAACCCCUUCACACACACACACACACACACACACACACACACACACACACACACACACACACACCAGUUUGAUAUUCAGCUGACACUAACAAUGAACAAAACUUUGCAUAUUUUAAUGCAAGCUUAUUUUGGCUUUUGCCACAUGAUUAACUGCUACAUCCAAAAAUAAAAUGCUCAUCUUUAAGUCUGAUUUCUGGAGGUUGACUGUUGUAUCCACAGUGUUUUGAUCUUUACCGUACUUUUUUAAUUUCUAAAAAAGAAUGAGAUGAUGUUAGAAAAAAAACUGUAUCAUGCAAAAUCACUUUGAUGACUAUGUUUAAUCACAUGGUGUUGGGUAUUAAUGAGUGAUAGUAAAGACAGUUGUGUGUGAGUUUAUGCUUGUGUGUGUGUGUGUGUGUGUGUGUGUGUGUGUGUGUGUGUGUGUGUGUGUGUGUGUGUGUGUGUGUGUGUGUGUGUGUGUGUGUGUGUGUGUGUGUGUGUGUGUGUUUAUGACUUCAGGUGAAGUGAUUGCCUUUUCCUGAAUUUACCUGUUUGUCAGUAAGGAUACCUGAGAUUAAAGGUUGAAUAGCGAAAACAUGAAGCAACAAAGGGCUGUUUUAGCUUCAAAGAUAUAUCCUUCUGUCUUUCUGAGACAAAUCCUUGUGUCAAUGAAGAUGGCAUCAAAGGGUAAAGCCUGACUACGCAGCAAUAAAUGUUCUAUGUGUAUGCCCUGAGUAAAUGAUGUCAAUGUUUUUAUCUCCUCAGAAUACAACAGUAUUCAUUACUGUCUGUUUUUGCUUCUACUUGUCUGAACUUACAACCAAUCAGACUGCACCUCUGCCCUCUCGGAGACCGAUCGGUACAGAGAUAGGCUGCAAUUGGACGACAAUAGCAAAUGAGGUUAUUGAACUCAGGUCGGGGGGUAAAAACCACUGGUAAAAUUUUAAAGAUAGCUGUAAAGGUGUGCUCAGAUUGAGCUCGGAGCAAAUUUUCACCAGGCUUUAUUCGCACAAAUUGGACUGCUGGAGUGUUUAUAAGCUACAAACAGCCAAUGCACCCACACUCCAGAUGUUAGCUUUAACUACCUAACAAUGUGUGUGUGAGCAGCAGAGUGUGUCUUUGUGCAGUGUGUGUGUGUGUGUGUGUGUGUGUGUGUGUGUGUGUGUGUGUGUGUGUGUGUGUGUGUGUGUGUGUGUGUCUCUGAAUCAGACUGAUUUACCAGGAUCUGAAGUUAUUUCUGUUAUUUCCCUCCAGACUCUUGCCUCUAUAUGUUCAUGAAGUACAAUAUGAGUACAAUAGCCUACAUUGAAUUUGUAUGCAAUCGUGCCGAUUCCUAAAUUUGCUUUGCCUUCAGUCUGAACACACCUUAAAGGUGUACAAUUCACAUUUGUACAUAUCUUUGUAUUUUGAUCUGCAUGUGUGCAUUGCUGCCAGUGACCAUGAUUAUAUCAUUAGUACGCAUUUCAUAAAAUUGUAAAAAGUU